UGUGUUAUUGUCAGUUUAGGUUUGUUGCUUAAUCCUGAUAUUUUCUAUUGGAAAUAGCCGAAAAUGAUCGGCGUUCGACUAAAUACCUUCAGCGACAACGCUGGAGAACCUGAACAAGAUGCUAAUUCAGCAUUAACUGAGCUAGACAAAGGACUCCGGUCAGGAAAAGUGGGAGAACAAUGCGAAGCGAUAGUACGUUUUCCACGUCUCUUCGAAAAAUACCCGUUUCCCAUACUCAUAAAUUCUUCAUUUCUGAAACUUGCCGACGUCUUCCGUAUGGGCAAUAACUUCCUUCGUUUAUGGGUACUGCGGGUUUGCCAACAGAGCGAGAAGCAUUUGGACAAGAUCCUGAACGUUGAUGAGUUUUUAAGACGAGUGUUCAGUGUUCUACAUUCGAAUGACCCUGUGGCUAGGGCGCUCGCACUUCGCACGCUCGGAGCGGUGGCUGGGAUCAUUCCCGAGAGGCAGAAUGUCCACCACGCUAUUAGACGGGGACUGGACAGCCAUGACAAUGUGGAGGUCGAGGCUGCUAUUUAUGCUACUACCAGAUUUGCUGCACAUUCCAAUGCCUUUGCGGUAGCGAUGUGCAACAAGUUAUCGGACAUGGUGGAAUGUGAGAGCACAGGUGCAGAAAGGCGCGCCAAGCUCGUGAGAGCCUUAAGGACCGUUCACGGAGGAGCGGUGCGAGCUGGUGGUGUGCUCAAACUGCUCCGCUCUCUCCUGGAGCGGUUCCCGUCCACCAGUUCAGUGCGAGCCGCCAUCUCUGCGCUUACUGCCAUCGCUCACGACACCGUCGUCCACGUGCCAGAUCAGGUGGAGCUCCUCCUCAGUAUAGCCACAAACGACGCGCGUUCCUCGGUCCGCCGGGCCGCGCUACUCGGCCUGAAGACUCUGGCCCAACACGCAGCCCUGUGGCCCGCUGCAUCUGUGCAAGCUUUAGUGCGGACAGCUGCUGAUGCUGACCCGAAGCACACUAUGCUAUGUUUGGAGGUUAUGCAAAUCCUAGUAGAAUGCCCAGCGGUGAUCGCCGACGCAGCAGGCUCGGCGCAACUAGCCUUACGUGAUCUAUGCGCACGCGCUGCGCUAGAAAGUUCACUGCGUCCCGCCGCGACCGCCGCGCACGUGCUUACACGCCGCGCCGUGCACUGCUACGAGGAAGGCAUACCCGUAGAAGGCGCAGAACUGAUGCUGGCCCUCGAGAACAUAGUGAUCGCCACGGGCGUGCCCGACGGACAGGACACUAUACGCCCGCUGCGCAUGGCUCUGCGCUGUCUGGUACAACUAUGCAACGCAGCGCCAGCCGAAUACGCACCACGAACCGGUCUCCUACUGACGUCUCAGCUGCGAGCGACUGGCUGGAGACAAGGGGGCCCGAGGGCCUUGGCCUUGUUGGAGGCCUUAGGGGCCUUAGGCGGAGGCACUCAUGGGGCCCUAACUUUGACUCUAACGGACUUGAUGGACGGAGCCGACAUAUCCGAGCCAGUAGAAGACGGCACAGCGCUAGUGCUCCUCUGCACCGUGAUAUUCCAAGAGAGAGCCGCUAAAGCGCUCAAAUGCAAGAUCAAGAGCGGCUGGCAGGAGAAGAUCAAAGAAGCUAUUAGUAGCGCUGAUGGGUGGACCAAGUAUAGAGUCGCUAGAGCUGCUCUAAGAUAUGGGCAUCACCGUUUAGCAACACAUGUGUUGGAAGGGUUACUGGGAGCGGCAAGCUCCGAGGCCACACAGCGUUGGUUGGCCUCGUUGUACCGAGCUGCCAAGGCGGACGCUGAACUUGUUGAACAAGGUAUGAGGGGGCUGGAGGCGGCGGCGUCGUGCUGGGAGGUGGCGGGCGGCUGGGGCGGCGCCGGCGCCGCGGGAGGUGGCUGCGCGGGCUGCGCGGGCUGCGCCGCCUGCACGCCGCUCGCCGGCGCUUGGAUCGCGGCUAGAGCACAAGCCUUGAGCACGCUAGCGAGGACGGCGGACAGAGCGAGGGUGUUGUGCACGCAACCCCCGCCUGCUGUAGCACAGGCGUCUCGUUCGCCGUGCGCGGCGGCCGGUUUAUGCGCAGCAGCUCUCCGCGCGGCGGCGCGCGCGGCGCGCGGCGUGGCGGCGCGGUACGCGCACAUCGCCAGGACCGCCUUCCAUGCUGAUGAGGCUACGCUGACGCAUCUUCAAAUUUCUCAGCACACGUUCACCCAGCUAUCCGAGUUCCUGGAGCGCAUCACCGGGCAGGCGGCCGCGCGCGCACUCUUCGUCCCGGACAUCAAACCCAAGAGUCUCGACGAGAAGAUAGCUCUGGCACCUGCUGAAGCUAUUGUCAACAUUUCCAAUAAACUCUUCGAUAACCCUAGUACGGGCAACGGGAUUACGCACCGACACGCAGAAGCAGUUUUAGCGGCAGUCCGAGCGUGCUGCGUGGGCGCAGUGUGGCCGCGUGCUGUCUGUGAAGCCCGCGCCUGUGGCGCCCUCUGCAGAUUGUCACUCACUCCAGGAGGGAGAGGGGCGGAGCAGGCAGCGGCGCUGCCGCACACGCACCACCUGGCGCUGAAGGCCGAGGGCGUGAUCCUGCCGCCGCCGAGAGGCAAGUCGCAGCCGCCGCGCCAAGUGAAGUCAGUGCAGCUCACUGUCACCGCCACACCGCAUCCGCGUACUAACGAGAAGACGGUGGAACUGACGAACGUGCCUCCCGUGCUCUCGGCGACUCAAACCGUGGCCCCCGUGCGAGACUUCUUCUCGGCACAGCAGUUGGUGGCUGUCUCCGCCCCUGGGCUGUAUACUGUGGCCGUGGAGGCUGCCUUCGUCGACCAACACGGGGCCUUGUGGAACACUGGCCCGAGGACCUCUAUUGUUAUUAAGGCACACGAGGACUCCAGUGCGAAGGGGAAUACGCAAACUGCUAGGGGGAGAUUUUGAGAAAGAUAAAAAAAUAUUAUCACUUGUGUAUAAGUAAAUAUAAGUAUAAAAUAAAUAAUCUGGUUUAUAUUUCUUGGUGAAAUUUCUACAUUGUAUUAAAAUAUAAGUAUAUUUGAUGUAUAAAACCUGAGUCAACAACCUUAGGUUAAUAAAAUAAAGAUGCCAAACAAUCUUUUAUUUUUCAU